AUGAGCGCGGAGGAGCUCCUCCUCAGCAACACCGCUCUCCUGAGCGAGGAGACGGGCGGCGGGCGGCUCGACGUGUCGUGGCAGGUCGUCCAGUACGUGCCGCUGACGUCGACAGGCCGCGUGCAGUCGGUGGCGCUCGCCGACUGCGUCGGUGCCUCCGCCGAGCGCAGCGAGCUGGUGCUGCAUUGCGUGACGCUGCACGGCGGCGGCUGCCUCGGCUCUCCGCACCGCGAGCCCUCUCAGGCCAGGAUGCCCUGCCGCGACGGCGGCCAGGCCGAGCGGUGGGCAGCAGCGGUGUGGAAUAUCAUGCACGGCGUGGCUCCUGACGCGCCGCCGCCGCGUCAGAAGCGGUGGCUGGUGCUGAUCAACCCGGUGUCGGGCCCUGGCCACGCGCGGCGCGUCUACGCCCGCUGCCGCCCCCUAUUCGAGGCGCACCGCGUCGCGCUGACCGAGGUGGUGACGACGCACGCGGGGCACGUGAGGGAGAUCGCUGCGCAGAUCGAGCCGGCCGAGGUGGACGCCGUGGUGUGCGUGGGCGGGGACGGGGUGGUGCACGAGCUGGUCAACGGCCUCUUCGCGCGGGAGGACGCCGACGCCGCCGUCUCCGCCCUCUCGAUCGGCGUGCUGCCCGGCGGCUCUGCAAACUCGCUGUGCGUCUCGCUGCUCAAGGCAAACAAUGAGAAGAGUGAUAGUCGUCGUAGCAAGGGUGGUGCUGUUGGUGAGGAUGACGACUCUCCGGCGGAGGGGCGCCUCCUCCACGGCUUCCUCUCGAUGGAGUGGGCCUUCGCCGCGGACCUCGACCUCGGUUUGGAGCACCUCCGCUGGCUGGGCUCACCUGCCCUCUGGCUGAUGCUCGCGCAGCGGCAGUACGCGGGCGGGCUGCGCUUCAAGCCGAAGGGCAGCGAGGCGUGGCGCACGCUCGAGGCGCCAUUCUUCUCCGUGUGGGCGUGCAACACGCGCUGGCCCACGACCUCCACGCAGCUGAACUGGGCUCACCUGGGCUUAGUCAAGGACUCAGCACUGAGCACGUUCGUCGACCUCACGUCGGGCAAGCAUGCCGAGGCCCCCUUCCUCGAGUACGUCAAGGCGACCGAGAUCGAGCUCGACCCGCAGCCGCGCACCGCCGAGCAGCCGGGCAUGCUCGCCAUCGACGGCGAGCUCGUGCCGUACGCGAGCACGCACAUCUCGGUGCUGCCCGGCAAGCUCCACGUCCUCGGCGCCGUCAAGGGCGGGGGCGGCGACGCAUGCGAGUGA